AUGGCACCAGUAGGACCUCGAGCAUCAAAAGAGGAAUUCAUGCACGCUCUUGGGUUGAAUUCUCAGAAUCCUCAGCAUGAGCAAUACUAUCGAGCAAUGAGAGACGUAGCGAUCGUCGUAUACAAUCGAUUGAACGAAGAUACCUCCAAUCUCCUAGACAGCGUUGCGAUGGACCCAUCGACUCGUCCGCCCUUCUUCUGGCAUCAUAUUCGUCCCGAGCGUCAACGUUGGGGCAUCAUGGAGAUCGCUCAGCAUGCUGGACCCCUGACAGAGCCGUUCUUUGCGCGCGGCGCCACGACAGGCGAGCACGGUCCCAAUUGGGUCGCUGGGUGGUUGCUGUAUAGUGUGUUUCGGUCCAGAGAUGUUCGUAAUAAUCGAAAUCGUCGCAAGGGGGAAGAUCAGGGUAUGUUUUAUAAGUCCUCUGCUGUGUCGGUGCCGGUAUUUGUAUCUCAUCUCGUUUUCUCUUUUGGUUUAGGACAAGCUUCCAAGACAUCGCAAAAGUCGAAACAGACGGAAGAGGACACACCGCCAAAGAAAGAGUACUAUGACCCGGUGAGGAAUGGGUAA